GUUGCUAGGCUCUUCUAAAAACUCAACGAUUUCGUAUCAUCGAAUUCGAAUUUGAUUUUCAUUUUCAACUACAUGUAUUGAUUGAAAGCUAUGAGAGUAUGCUGUGAAACUUUAUAUUAGUGAUUGCAACAGUGUAUACGUGUAGAGUUAUUCAUUCAUUUCAGAGUUUCCUUGAAUCAUCUUUAAUGAAGUGAAUUCUACCAUACAUGGCAACUGUUCGACAGCAAAAACUGGAACAACAGGUGAUAAAUUUAUGUUAUUACUGAAAUUGGAAAUCUUUCUUGCAAAGGAGACAGAUAUUGGAGCAAAAAAUGAGACAGAAAAGAUUUACUUCUGGAAUGGUUCAGGCAACAGACAUUGUUCAAAAAACACGAUACAGUAGACCAACGUCAGGAAAGAAAGAAUUACAUGGAUACGAUGGCCCAUUACAAUACACGAUGAUUCAAGGGAAUCCAGAUUCAAGUGCAGAUGUUAUUCAGUUGUCUCGAAGUGUAUCUCGUGGAAGCGAUGACAUAGAUGGAGAUAGCAACGCUUCCGAUAACUUUUACCGUGAAGAAGACGAAGUUGACGACGAAUCCAUCCCAGUGAAUACUCCGUCGUCUGAAAAUGGGCACACUUUUGGUAUAAUCGCUCCAGAAAUAAUUCAAUCUUCUUCGUUUAUUUGUCGUUCAGCUUCAAUUUCAUCAGAUGUUGUGGAAAGUGACAAAGAUAUUCUCAAUAAUUUAAAUUCAUUUGUAUUGCAACCAGCUCGACAAAAAGUACACUAUAAUUGUCGGAUAACGCGUGAUAGAAAAGGCAUGGAUAGAGGAUUAUACCCAACAUACUUUUUACAUUUGGAAAAAGAUCUUGGAAAAAAGAUAUUCUUAUUGGCUGGAAGAAAGCGGAAAAAGAGCAAAACUUCCAACUAUUUGAUUUCGACUGAUCCGACCGAUUUGUCUAGAGGCAGCGAAUCAUUCGUUGGCAAAUUACGAUCCAAUUUACUUGGAACUCAGUUCACUGUCUUCAACAAUGGUAGAUCACCAUUCAAAAGUUUCAAUGAAAAUGAUAUUCCUAGAGAAGAAUUGGCUGCAGUUGUUUACGAUACUAAUGUAUUAGGUUUCAAAGGACCAAGAAAAAUGACAGUUUUGAUUCCUGGUAUGACCCAUGAUCAAAAACGUGUUCAAAUAAUACCUCAAGAUAAUUCAGACACUAUGCUAGAAUGUUGGAGAUCAAAACGAAUGGAUAAUUUAAUAGAAUUACAUAACAAAACACCUUCGUGGAAUGACGAUACCCAGUCGUAUGUUCUAAAUUUCCAUGGCCGAGUCACGCAAGCAUCGGUUAAAAAUUUUCAAAUAGUCCAUGACAGUGAUACCGAUUACGUAGUUAUGCAAUUUGGACGUAUCUCAGAAGAUGUCUUCACAAUGGAUUAUCGUUACCCUUUAUGUGCUCUUCAAGCGUUUGCUAUUGCUUUGAGUAGUUUUGAUCAUAAAUUAGCAUGCGAGUGAUAUCAAAAUACAUUUUUAUUGUAUGUAGAUACCUCCUAUACAUACUUUUAUGUAUAAUGUUCAUCUUUAAGUCGCUGGUUCUGAACUGACGAUAGUUCUGUUUAUCGAACUUAAAAUUUUUAUUCAUCAGUCAUAUUAAUUAAGUUAACGUUUGAACUUCAUGUGAAUUGUGAUAGUAUUAAUUGUUCCUCUAUGUCAUAAUCUAUCGAAUGGAUGACCAUGUUUUAUAUUCUAUUCUUCAACAUUUCAUAUCAUUUAGGUACUAUUUAUGUUACGUUUUCCUUCAAAAGGAAUUUCAAUAAAUCUCGCAGAAUUUCUAAUGUCUAAUGGCAGAUCAGUUUGGGAUUUUUGGUCGAAUAUUGUCUUUUAUCCUCCAAACGAUUAUUGUAAUAAACUUGAAAAGAUCAAAUAAGUUUCUCUUGGAAACGGCUCUUGUAAUGAACUUGAAACUUAUUUAAAAACCAAUAUUGAAUAAUAAACACUGCCUUUUCAUUUUCUUGAUAAUAUUUCAACGUCGUUUUAAAAUACUGAAAUUUUCUUAUUCGUAUUAAAAUGUAUGCUUUUUAUUUUUA